AUGGGGUUCAGAUUCAGUCAGUUUAGACACUUAACCUUUUUGCUAGUACUUUCCUUUUUGUCCAUACACAUUGGCACUUCCCUAGACACCAUCUCAUCAUCCAAUUUCCUGAAGGACCCUGAAACUUUAAGCUCCAGUGAAGGUUUGUUCCAGCUUGGAUUCUUCACCCCUCCAAACUCAACUUUUUCCUACCUGGGAAUUUGGUAUUCUGUGUCUAGAACCCCGCAGAUAUGGGUAGCUAACAGAGACCAACCAGUGAAGGAUUCUUCUGGAACAGUCAAAAUAUCUGAGGAUGGAAAUCUUGUUGUGAUGAACGGACAGAAAGAGAUCCUUUGGUCAACAAAUGUUUCCAAUAUUAUUGCAUCUAAUACAACAGCUCAGCUUCUGAAUACUGGCAAUCUUGUGUUGCAAGAAACCACUACAGGAAGCAUGUUAUGGCAGAGUUUCCAACACCCUUGUAAUUCAUUGUUGCAGCAAAUGAAAGUUAGUAGGAAUAAAACCAGCGGUGAGAGAAUGGAACUCACCUCAUGGAAAAGCCCUCAGGAUCCAUCCAUUGGAAACUUCUCCACCAGUCUUGAAGGCCUAAACAUCCCUGAAGUUUUCACAUGGAGAGGAAGUCAACCAUACUGGCGAAGUGGUCCAUGGAAUGGUCAGAUCUUUCUUGGAAUACCUAACAUGACCACUAAUUAUCUUGAUGGAUUUUACAUAGGUGGGCAAGAUGAAGGGAAAGGCAAUUAUUAUCUCACUUAUGCAUUUGCAAAUCAGUCUGAGUUGAUAAUAUAUGGGUUAGGUAUUGAUGGAAACACAGCCGAAGUGCAUUGGGAUUAUGGAAAGAGAAAUUGGUGGAUCUAUUGGGAAUCUAUAAUUUCUGAGUGUGAUGUUUAUGGCAUAUGUGGAGCAUUUGGAAGCUGUGAUUCUAGAAGUUCACCUAUCUGCACCUGUUUGACAGGAUUUGAGCCAAGGAAUGUGGAGGAAUGGAAUACACAAAACUGGACCAGUGGAUGUGUUAGGAAGGGACCUCUGCAGUGUGGAAGAGUCACAAAUGGAGAUGGGUUUCUCAAGCUGCCAAAUACCAAAGUUCCGGACUUUAUCCAGUGGUCAUCUUCUCUUGAAGAUGUUUGUAGAACUCGGUGCUUGCAAAACUGUUCUUGUAUAGCAUAUGCAUAUGAUGCUGGCGUUGGCUGUAUGUCAUGGAGUGCAAACUUAAUUGACAUACAGAGGUUUUCAAGCGGAGGAACUAAUCUUUACAUUCGGGUUCCCUAUUCAGAACUUGAAGAAAAGAAGAAGAAUGCCACAAUGCUCAUUGCAGUUACGGUCAUAAUAGGAACGAUUUUCAUUGUGACCUGUGGAUAUGUCAUGUGGAAAAGAACUACAAGAGGAGAGAAAAAUCAUAAAAGAAUCCAGGUAAAUGACCUGAGUAAACUCCCAGAGCUUUCCCAAUUUGAGCUUGAAAAGCUUGCUACUGCAACAAACAAUUUUCACUUAGCUAAUAAGCUAGGGCAAGGUGGAUUUGGACCAGUAUACAAGGGUACAUUGGAAGGGGGACAAGAAAUAGCAGUUAAAAGACUUUCAAGAACAUCUGGACAAGGGCUAGAAGAAUUUAUGAAUGAGGUUGGGCUAAUAUCAAAGCUUCAACAUCGUAACCUCGUGAGACUUCUUGGAUGUUGUAUCGAAGGAGAUGAAAAGAUUUUGAUAUAUGAGUACAUGCCAAACAGAAGUUUGGAUGCCUAUAUGUUUGAUCCAUCUGAAGAGGUACUAAAUUGGGAAAAACGUUUUAAUAUAAUUGAAGGAAUUGCUCGGGGUCUGCUUUACCUUCAUAGAGACUCUAGACUAAGAAUUAUCCACAGAGACCUCAAGUUAAGUAAUAUAUUGCUGGAUGAAGAGCUGAAUCCAAAAAUAUCAGAUUUUGGUAUGGCAAGGAUUUUUUGUCGCAGUGAAGAUGAGGCCAAUACUAGAAGGAUUGUAGGAACAUGUGGUUAUAUAUCUCCAGAAUAUGCCAUGGAAGGGCUAUUUUCAGAAAAGUCCGAUGUCUUUAGCUUUGGUGUUUUACUGCUAGAAGUUGUCAGCAGGAGAAAAAAUACCAGUUUUUAUGAGGAUGCUGUAUCAUUGAGCCUUUUAGGAUAUGCAUGGAAAUUGUGGAACGAUGACAACAUUACUUCUUUAAUAGACCCAGAAAUAUCAAACCCAAACUUCCAUGCUGAUAUUUUUAGAUGUAUACAUAUUGGUCUUCUAUGUGUGCAAGAACUUGCAAGAGACAGGCCUACAAUGACUGCAGUACUUUCAAUGCUUAACAAUGAGACUGUUAAUCUUCCACCCCCAAGGCAGCCAGCAUUUAUUCAAAGGCAGACCAUGUUGGACGUAGGAUGCUCUCAUAAAAGUGAUGCAAUAUACUCUAUGAAUUAUGCGAGUGUAACAAACACCAUCUCAUCAUCCUAUUUCCUCAAGGACCCUGAAACUUUAAGCUCCACUGACGGUUUGUUCCAGCUUGGAUUCUUCACCCCUCCAAACUCAACUUUUUCCUACCUGGGAAUUUGGUAUAAUGUGUCUAAAAACCCGCAGAUAUGGGUAGCUAACAGAGACCAACCAGUGAAGGAUUCCUCUGGAACAGUCAAAAUAUCUGAGGAUGGAAACCUUGUUGUCAUGAAUGGACAGAAAGAGAUCCUUUGGUCAACAAAUGUGUCCAAUAUUAUUGCAUCUAAUACAACAGCUCAGCUUCUGAAUACUGGCAAUCUUGUGUUGCAAGAAACCACUUCAGGAAGCAUGGUUUGGCAGAGUUUCCAACACCCUUGUAAUGCGUUGUUGCAGCAAAUGAAACUUAGUGCAAAUAAAACCAGCGGUGAGAGAAUAAAGCUCACCUCAUGGAAAAGCCCUCAGGAUCCAUCCAUUGGAAACUUCUCUACCGGUCUUGAAAGCCUAAAAAUCCCUGAAAUUUUUACAUGGAGAGGAAGUCAACCAUACUGGCGAAGUGGUCCAUGGAACGGUCAGAUCUUUCUUGGGAUACCUGACAUGUACUCUGAUUAUCUUGAUGGAUUUUACUUAGGUGGGCAAGAUGAAGGGAACGGCAAUUACUAUCUCACUUAUACGUAUGCAAAUCAGUCUGAGUUGAGAAUAUAUGGGUUGAGUAUUGAUGGAAAUAUAUACGAAGUGUAUUGGGAUUAUGGAAAGAGAAAUUGGAUGAUCGAUUGGGAAGCUAUAAAUUCUGAUUGUGAUGUUUAUGGCAUAUGUGGAGUAUUUGGAAGUUGUGAUUCUAGAAGUUCACCUAUCUGCACCUGUUUGACAGGAUUUGAGCCAAGGAAUGUUGAGGAAUGGAAUACACAAAACUGGACCAGUGGAUGUGUUAGGAAGGAACCUCUGCAGUGUGAAAGAGUCAAAAAUGGAAGUGAAGCUGGUAAUGGAGAUGGGUUUCUCAAGCUGCCAAAUAGCAAAGUUCCUGACUUUAUCCAGUGGUCGUCUUCUCUUGAAGAUGUUUGUAGAACUCAGUGCUUGCAAAACUGUUCUUGUAUAGCAUAUGCAUAUGAUGCUGGCGUUGGCUGUAUGUCAUGGAGUGCAAAGUUAAUUGACAUACAGAGGUUCUCAAUUAAUGGAGGAACUGAUCUUUACAUUCGGGUUCCCUAUUCAGAACUUGAUACAGAGAAAACAUUUAAGAAAAAUCAGAGAAGCAGCCAGGUAAAUGACCUGAGUAAACUUCCGGAGCUUUCCCAAUUUGAGCUUGAAAAGCUUGCUACUGCAACAAACAACUUUCACUUAGCUAAUAAGCUAGGGCAAGGUGGAUUUGGACUAGUAUACAAGGGUACAUUGGAAGGUGGACAGGAAAUAGCAGUUAAAAGACUUUCAAGAACAUCUGGACAAGGGCUAGAAGAAUUUAUGAAUGAGGUUGUGCUAAUAUCAAAGCUUCAACAUCGUAACCUCGUGAGACUUCUUGGAUGUUGUAUCGAAGGAGAUGAAAAGAUUUUGGUCUAUGAGUACAUGCCAAACAGAAGUUUGGAUGCCUAUAUGUUUGAUCCGUCUGCAGAGGUACUAAAUUGGGAAAAACGUUUUAAUAUAAUUGAAGGAAUUGCUCGGGGUCUGCUUUACCUUCAUAGAGACUCUAGACUAAGAAUUAUCCACAGAGACCUCAAGUUAAGUAAUAUAUUGCUGGAUGAAGAGCUGAAUCCAAAAAUAUCAGAUUUUGGCAUGGCAAGGAUUUUUGGUCGCAGUGAAGAUGAAGCAAAUACUAGAAGGAUUGUCGGAACAUGUGGUUAUAUAUCUCCAGAAUAUGCCAUGGAAGGGCUAUUUUCAGAAAAGUCUGAUGUCUUUAGCUUUGGUGUUUUACUGCUAGAAGUUGUCAGCAGGAGAAAAAAUACCAGUUUUUAUGAGGAUGCUGUAUCAUUGAGCCUUUUAGGAUAUGCUUGGAAAUUGUGGAAUGAUGACAAUAUUACAUCUUUAAUAGACCCGGAAAUAUCAAAUCCAAGCUUCCAUGCAGAUAUUUUUAGAUGUAUACAUAUUGGUCUUCUAUGUGUGCAAGAACUUGCAAGAGACAGGCCUACAAUGACUGCAGUACUUUCAAUGCUUAAUAAUGAGACUGUUAAUCUUUCACCCCCAAGGCAGCCAGCAUUUAUUCAAAGGCAGAACAUGUUGGACUCGUCAGAUCUGCGACUUUGGUUGGAUGGGCAAGAUUAUACAUCCCAUCUCACUACCAAGGCUGAUUCUGUGGCAGCUAAUGAGCGCACACGAUGGAAGGUGAUUGAUGCUCAGUUGUGUAGUCUUAUUAAAGCUACUCUUCAUCCGUCAAUUAAGCAGAUUUUUCGACUUGCCAAUACCUGUGAAGCUAUUUGGAGUCAGGCAAAAGCAUUGUACACCAAUGAUACACAGCGAAUCUAUGGUGUGUGUCAGAAAUUGAUGACUACCUUUGCUCCUCAGGACUUCAAUUGUCCUAUGACUGAAUAUUUGGGAAAAGCUCAGAGUUUGCUUCAUGGUUUUAAUGAACUUCUGCCCCUCACUGGUGAUGUUACUAAGGAACAGGAACAACGUAAUACACUCUUUAUGUUGUUCAUUUUAUAUGGUUUACCUGACCAUUUGUCUGUCAAUCGGGAUCAAAUUUUGGGAUCUGUUACAGCUCCUACACUGGAUUCUGUGAUGUCUACCUUGCUUAGGAUUCUACCUAAGCCCUUUACGUCACCAACACCUCCUGUGACGCAUGUACUUCCAGAUGAUACUGUUGACUCUCCUGCCCUUGCUGCUCAGGGUUAUGGUCGUGGACGUAAACUCUCUAAGGGAAAUGUCAGGACGAGGAACCCGAAUAACCCUGGACUAUCGAAUGCCAAUGCACAGCCAGAUCCUGUUUUGGCUGCUUUAGUUAGGCCCCGAAGUGGUCGUGGGGCAACAGGUGGGCAGUCUGAUCCCGUGGUUGAAACUCUUGCAGAUUUGCAAAGGGAGUUGACUGCUAGUCGGCAAGCUAAUGAGAACUUGAUGAAAACGAAUGAAGAUACGCGGAAUGCUAUGGCCGCGAUGAUGAACGAGUUGAGGACUUUGAGGGGUGCUAGACCAGAGAACCGACAACCCAUUCUUCCUCCUCACACUGCCGCGCCUACUCCACAUACUCUCCAUGAAGAGGGUGGAGCGGGUAACAAUGAGGAUGAGGCUAGUCACCAUUCUGGUAGUCAUGUCAUCACACUGAGGUUCGUCAACCACGUGUAG